GCAACCACCACACGAAAUUAGAAAAUAGACCGCGCGAGGCCAUUGUCAAAUUUGUCGUGUAAAUAUACAUUUUAUGCCAUAUUUAUAAUUUAAUUGUGCCGUAUGUGACCGUCCUCUUCACAAAGCGAUGUAAAAACGAUAUUUUCUUUCGAAAUAAAAUUCUUUCAUCUGUUAUUUGUUACGCGUGAAUUCGAUCAACUGCGACAGACGUGUCAAAUAUCCCAUAUGGCCAGUGACGCCGAAGAGGAUCGACAACAAGAGGAAGAGAAACCAUUCGCCGUGGAGCGCGCGAAAACUGGUCGCGCAAAAUGCAAGAAGUGCAAGUGUCCGAUUGAAAAGGACCAAAUACGGAUCGGCAAGUUCGUGACGAACUUUUUCUCGGAGGGUAAACUGAUGCCCGCUUGGCACCAUGUCACCUGCCUAUUCGACGUAUUCGCGAAACAACGCGCCACGACCAAGAAGAUUGAUGAUCCGGCCGAGGACGUAAAGGGUUGGGACCAACUGUCCGACGACGACAGGAAAGUCAUCUUGGACAAGCUGGUGGAAUUCGAAAAAACCUGUAAUUAUCCUAAAUUGAUCCUCAGAAAGAGAUUAAUCUUCUCUAAAUCAAGAUAGAUAUUCCGCAUAUAUAAGCAAGAGUAUUAUAAUCUUGUUAAAAAGUUUUGGCUUUGAUUUCAUUGAAUUUGUAUCGAUGCGGAUAUUUUCAUGUAUAAGAAUAUUAUUAUAAUCCUUGUAUAGGGUUUUUUUUAGUUUUGAGUUGAGCAAAAGUAAUACUUGCAAAUUAUUAAUUCAAUCGAAUUAAGAACAUUUUUAAGAAGAUUAAUCUUGAUUUAAGACUAAUUCUUUUUCUGUGAAGAGAAGAUUCUUUUUUUUUCUAGUACGAUUUAUUUGUGUCUUUAUCUCGGACUUUUCCAAAUACAAACGUUUCUGUCAAUUA